GUUAUUAACUUGAGUGGGAGAUUCUCAAAUUAAAAUAAUGUAUUACAUAACCAUUUCUUCCGUUACUUUUCGCUCUCAUUGAAUGCUCUUUCUCUAGACAUUGGAUCAGAAGCCAAACAGUGUAAGGAAUCAAGAAGCAAACAAAAUGGUGGCUGCUAAAGGAAAAUUGAACAUGGGCCUCAAUCGAAUCUCUGAAGAUAGUCAUACAAGUAGGAGUGUGGGCGUCAGAAAUUUUAAGGUGUUUUCUGAGAAUGAAAGGGUUAAAGACGAUACCAAAAGCAUAAGGAAUUCUGUAUCAGUUAGAAAAGGCGCUGCUCUUACUAGUACAAGUGAUAACAAGGGCAUUCUUAACAAGGAGAAUGACAAAGGCAGGUCUGGUACUUCUGCUAACACAAAAGUUAGAAGAAAAGCGUUGGGUGAUGUCAGCAAUAUAUCUGGAAACAUUCCAAGGAACGUAGUGCAUGAUGGUUCUAAAUCAUUGAAGAGCGUGAGAAGUGCACUCUUGCAACGGGUUUCCUUGGGUACAGUUGCAAGGACUACAGAUGUCUCAUCAAGAAAGUCUUCCACGGGAAAAGAAAGGAAAAUUACGAGUCUAGGUGCUGUUGCUGUCCAUCCUGCAAGGAAAGGUAGCAAAGAUUUGGCAUCCUCUUCAGAUGAUCAGUGGACCAAGACCAAAGGUAGGGGGCUUGUAUCUGUUGCCAUUCCCAGCAGGACUUCCAGGAAUCCUCCUAUACCAACAAGGGAGUCUUUACCAGUGCUAAAGAGGGUGAACCAGGAAGAUACAAGUACUUCAAAGCCAAUUGUGAAGAUGACACUUAUUGGUCCCAAUGCUAAAGGGACUUCAAAAUCCAAGCAUUUGUCAAGCCUGAAUAAAUCGAAAACUGUUGCUGCAUCGAAGAAAAAAGAGAAAGUUGUGAGAUCUUCUCCACCGGAGAAUAUUGCAUUAGUAGUUUCAGAUGAAACAACUCAAGGAAAGCCUUUAAUUGAUGGCAAUACCAAUCCAAGCACAGAUUCAUCAGAUAACAUUGCCAGGAGAAAGUCUGAUCGGAGGAGAACUUAUACAUCUUUAUUGAUGGCAAGAUCAAAGUUUAUAGAAGACCAAGGUGAAGUCAUAGAGCAAGAAAAGCUACCAAGCAUUGAUGAUGACUGCAAUCAGCUGGAAGUUGCUGAGUAUGUUGAUGAAAUCUAUCAAUAUUAUUGGGUUAUAGAGGCACAGAAUCCACCUCAAGAAAAUUAUAUGUCAAUCCAAACAGACAUUACACCUCAGAUGCGGGGUAUUUUGAUCAACUGGCUAAUUGAAGUACACUUCAAAUUUGAAUUAAUGCCAGAAACACUCUAUCUCAUGGUCACAUUGUUAGACCAAUAUCUUUCUCAAGUCAAAAUUAAGAAGAAUGAAAUGCAAUUGGUUGGUCUUACAGCACUUUUGCUGGCAUCAAAAUAUGAGGACUUCUGGCAUCCUAGGAUCAAAGAUUUAAUUAGCAUCUCAGCUGAAGCGUACACAAGAGUCCAGAUGCUUGGAUUGGAGAAGCUUAUGCUAAAAACGUUGAAGUUCCGCCUAAAUUUGCCUACUCCAUAUGUCUUCAUGUUAAGAUUUCUCAAGGCUGCUCAGUCUGACACAAAGCUUGAACAUCUGGCUUUCUACCUCAUUGAGCUGAGCUUGGUAGAAUAUGAAGCUUUAAAGUUCAAGUCCUCGCUGUUGUGCGCAUCGGCCAUCUACGUUGCUCGAUGUACCCUGCAAAUGACUCCAGCGUGGACCUCAUUGCUGGUCAAGCAUGCACGUUAUGACGUGCCCCAAAUCAGGGAUUGUGCAGAGGUGAUCUUGAAAUUCCACAAAGAUGCUAAAAAAGGGCAGUUGAAGGUCACUUAUGAGAAGUACAUGAAGCCUCGUCUCAGUUGUGUUGCUGGAAUUAAACCCUUAGAUAGACUUCCUCUUUAAUUUCCCUUGAAAUUAAUGUUUUAGCUCUGGGAAAUCAGUAUCCUUUCUACAAGUUUGUUGAACGAAAGAAUGGCUAAUAUUUCACGAGUGGUUUGUAUAUUUUCCAUACGGGUUUUAUUUUCCACAGUAAUCACAGUAUCAGUAUUUUUUUCUA